GAUGCUCCCAAGAAGAUUUUUUUUUUCCCAUGCACAGAAGAGGAAACAAUCUUCAAGACAUGAGUAACAUUAUUUUAAAGCAAACAAUCAAAUCAUAUUAUGCUGUAUUGUUCAGAACCUUCACACAAAUGCAUGACUUUCUUAGCCAUUAUUGGACACUCAAGUUGUACAGUGUAAUGAAAGAUUCUUCACAAAAACUCUGAAGGAAACCAAAUGUUUCCUAUGACUCUUCUUUUGUCACCUGAUGAUAAAAUAAAAUGCAUCUAUCUCUGGAUCAGAUUCAAGAAAAUGUUCAAUUUCACUGAUGUGACAGAAUUUAUUCUUUUGGGAUUAACUAGUCAACCUGAAUUACAGCUCCUUUUCUUUGUGGUUUUCUUACUGGUCUACAUCAUCACUUUGGUUGGGAACAUUGGCAUGAUCAUAUUAAUCAGGAUCAGUCCCCAGCUCAAUAGCCCCAUGUACUUUUUCCUCUGUCACUUGUCUUUUGCAGAUGUGUGGUUCUCCUCUAACAUCACUCCAAAAAUGUUGGAAAAUUUGUUAUCUGAGACCAAAACCAUUUCCUAUCCUGGAUGUAUAGUGCAGUGCUUUUUCUUCAUCGCUUUUGUCCAUGUAGAAGUCUUCAUCCUUGCUGUGAUGGCUUUCGAUAGAUACAUGGCAAUUGGAAACCCUCUACUUUAUGGCAGCAGAAUGUCAAGAACUGUCUGUAUUCGACUGAUCUCUUUCCCUUAUAUAUAUGGCUUUUUUAUCAGCUUGAUCUCAACACUCUGGACCCAUGGUUUGUACUUCUGUGGAAACAUCGAGAUCAACCAUUUCUACUGUGCAGAUCCAGCUCUUAUCAAAAUGGCCUGUGCAGGGACUUUCAUUAAAGAAUACACUAUGCGCACACUGGCAGGUCUCAACUUCUCUUAUUCCUUAUUGGUCAUUAUUGUCUCCUACAUUUUCAUCCUCAUUGCCAUCUUAAGAAUGCGCUCAGCAGAAGGGAGAAAGAAAGCUUUCUCCACAUGUGGGUCCCACUUGACAGCUGUCACCAUAUUUUAUGGAACUCUCUUCUUUAUGUAUCUUAGAAGCCCAACUGAGGAGUCCGUGGAGCAGGGAAAAAUGGUGGCUGUUUUUUAUACAACAGUCAUUCCUAUGUUGAACCCCAUGAUUUACAGUCUCAGGAACAAAGACGUAAAGGAGGCCAUGAGCAAAGUGAUGAGUAGAGCAUUUUAAAAUUAAUAAGAACUUAAAAUGCACUGUGAGCUUUUAGUUCAUUAGAAG